GAGAGAAACGCUGCCCUCCCCGCACUGGUUAGACCGCGGAAGGAUAUGUAAGUGGUUACCGAAGGACUCGGUGGGAUAUCAGGGGAACAGACGGCUGCUACGGUAUGAGAAUGGAAAGGAGAAAGGGAGAAAAGAGAGUCAGACCGGGCGGACUGGGCCACAAACGAAUACUGAUGAGUAAACGCGGCAAUGGGGAGAAGAGGGAAGCCCGAACACAAGGGAAGGAACGAGACGGAGAAAGAAGGAGACCCAUGGUGGGGUUGGUACCAGCAGCUGAAGCACGUGGGCCCCGCUCCGUGUUCGUCUCUCGUUCGGUAGUGCUCUCAGUAGUGUUCUCAGCUGCUCGUAGAGGAUCUCGCACCGGAUGUCCCUCGCGGUCGUCGAGGAUGUGACGGCUCGUGGUACAUUGUCGUUGUCAGGACGUCGCGCGAUCGUCAUAAAUACGAUAAGUCUCUCGAGGAGCCGGACGCGAUGGCCCUGAAGAUACUGCUGGCGUGCUUGCUUAUCGCGAUGGCGAGCUCCGCUCCAUCGUCUCCGAAGGAUCAUCAUCGGCUGCCCUCGCACAGAGUCGUCUGGCCAGCCUGGUAUCGCGACAGACUUCUUCAUGCCAGGCACGACGAACACAGAGCCCGAGAAACGACCACCACCAGGGCUCCAUGGACCCCGUUGCAGGUGUCAGCGACGAGAUCACCGCAGCAGAUAAACUCGGUAUCGAGGCAUCAUCAUACGGAGCAUAAGUUUGGUGUUGUGACGAUAGCGGAGCACGAUGGUACCAGGGCGACAGCGUAUGCGGGUUAUCACGGCGAUCAUCGGCAUCAGCCGAGGGAGGCCGUCACGCAGAGCUAUCAGCUGGCUCCGACAGCAGCUCCCACAUACACGAGGUAUCAUGCGGGGAGACGAGUGUGUACGAGGCAAGCUCCUAUAACUUCUCAUCAUCGAGGAAAACAAAUUAGAUUAGUGUAUACUGAGAUGACUUCCAGUUUUUUUUGCUGCCCGGGAUGGUCGCAAGUUACUCAUUUGAGUUUUGGUUGUAACAAACCCACGUGUCCAGCCUUGUGUCUGAAUGGCGGAAUUUGCACAUCUGGUAAAUGCACGUGUCCUAAGGGUUAUACUGGCAAUCAAUGCCAGACAGACGUGGACGAGUGCGCGAUAGAAAAACCGUGCGGACAACUUUGUAUAAACACACCCGGUAGCUAUCGAUGUUAUUGUAGAGCCGGGUUUAAACUUCAGCAAGAUGGUCAAUCCUGUCGGAGGAAUGAUACCGAUGAGAAUGCCUUUGAAGCCCGCGACUUGGAGAACGAUUUUCACGACAUGUCAACAACAAAAGAUCCGAUCUCUUCUCAUGAUACAGAAAACGAGGUGAACAACGAUGACCAAGACUAUGAAAUCAUCUUGAAGAGAUUAACAAAACUGGAGAAGCAAGUGGCCAAAAACAGAAAGAAAGAUACGGAAGCUUCUGAAAUGAACACCAAAGUCACAUUAGCGAUCGAGAACAUCAACGAGAUGAAAAGAACUGUCGAGAACGUGCAACUGAUGCAACAGGAAGUAUAUGAUAUGAGAAGUAAGAUGAAGCAAUACGAGGUAGAAAUGAGAAAGAUACAUCAUCUGAUGAAUCGCAUCGCAGAAUUGGAAACUCAUCUGAGAAUACGCUGCAGAUCAGCAAUACCAAUAAAUAGCGGAUUAUUAAACUUUUAGCAUUUACAAUGUCACUCUAUUAUCAUUAUUAUUUAAUCUAAUAAUAGUAGUAUUUUUUUACCAUGAAAUUCUUGCACUAUCGAAAUGUUAUGCAAAGACGAUUGAUUAUAUUGUAAGAUAAAAGAUAUAAAAGAAAAACCUAUGCAACAGAACGUUAUUUAUUCUCAAUUAAAUGAUAAUAGUUGCCUUUAUCUCAAAAUGCUAAUUUUAGUCAGAAAUUUUACACGGAAUCUUCCUGCCGUGAAAUAAUAUCA